AUUAAAAUUAUAGUUAUAAAAGAAUACACACAAUACGGGUAAAUGACUAAUAUAGUCAAAAGUUGAAAUUUGUGUAGUGUUUUGAGAAAAAAGAAUGUAUUAUUUGCGAAAAUACUAUAUAGCAUUGAGAAUAUAGAGUAUAGAUUAAAUAACAAUCGAAUGAUAAAAAAUAAGAAUGCGACAAUCAAAAGUAAAACUGAUAUAUAUAGUACUUGUCGUUACAUCGAUACAAGGUGUAUUUACGUCACCGGCUCAUCGUAAAAACGCGAAAACGGUAAAAGAUGGAACUAUACGAGUAUCGCACGAAGAUAGAGAUAACAGAUAUUCCAAAAAGAUAAACUUUAAUGCACGACAAUUGUCAAAAAGAGAUAAAGAAUAUUUAGCCAAAUUAGAAGACUCUUUACAAAGUAAAGAAGGCAAAAUUUUAUUCACAAAUUCUUGGGCUGUUCAACUAGAUCCUGCGGAAGUUGCUCAAGCUGAUAGGAUUGCAGAAAAACAUGGCUUUGAGAAUCUUGGUCAGAUUGGUAAUUUAGAGGGCUUUUUUCAUUUUAAACACAAAAAGGCAAAACGCAUUUCCAAACGUAGUUUACAUGGACAUUCAAGAAAGUUAGUUGAAGAAAAAAAGGUAUUAUGGGCCGAACAACAACAUUUAUUAGAUCGCAGAAGAAAAGAUGGAAUGCCUUCUGAUCCUAAAUUUCUCGAACAAUGGUAUUUGAACAAUCGAGGACAAUCAACCGGUCCUCCUGGCGUAGACUUAAACGUCUUACCUGUGUGGAAGCAAGGCAUAACUGGUAGAGGGGUUGUGGUCAGCGUUUUAGACGACGGUGUUGAUCACAAUCAUCCAGAUUUGAGAGAUAAUUACGAUCAAAAAGCAAGCUACGAUUUUAACGACAUGGAUUCUGAUCCGAAACCACGUGAUUCCGAUCCAGACAACUGUCACGGUACUCGUUGCGCCGGAGAAAUAGCAGCUGCGGCAAAUAAUUCCAUUUGUGGCGUUGGUGUGGCGUAUGAUGCAAAUAUUGGCGGUGUUCGCAUGUUAGAUGGUCAAGCAACUGACAUCCUAGAAGGAAGUUCUUUAAGUUUUCAAUCGAAUUACAUUGAUAUCUAUAGUAACUGCUGGGGACCAAAGGAUGAUGGGAAAACAUUUGGUAAACCGGGUCGACUUGCUCAAGAAGCGCUUAUGAGAGGAGCACUUGAGGGUCGGAAUGCUAGAGGUAAUAUUUACGUUUGGGCAACUGGUAAUGGCGGAUUAACAGACGACGAUUGCAAUUGUGACGGUUAUACGACGUCUAUAUACACCAUAUCUAUCGGAUGUAUAAGUGAUCAUGGAUUGUCAGCAUAUUACACGGAGUUGUGUUCGUCUACACUAGCUGUAACCUUUAACGGUGGCUCACACAGAGAGAAAGAAGAAAACAAAAUGAUCACAACUGAUCUCCAUAAUAAAUGUACAGACGAGUUUAAAGGUACUUCAUCGUCAGCGCCAUUAGCUGCCGGUGUUAUAGCCUUAACCCUUCAAGCCAACCCCAAUUUGACAUGGCGUGAUGUACAACAUCUAAUUGUAAACACUGCGCAAGUCACUAGUCCAGUGGAUGAAGGAUGGAUGGAUAAUGGCGGAGGUUUCCAUUUUAAUCAUAAAUUUGGAUUUGGACGAUUAGAUGCAGCGAAGAUGGUUGAAGCUGCCAAAAAUUGGAAGACAGUUCCUAAGCAACGCAUUUGCUCAGGGCCUUCUAGUAACUCUGUCCAGGAAAUACCAGCCGGUGGAACUCUCUCAAUAACCAUCGACACAAUUUCCUGUGAAGGAAGUGAAAAAGAAAUUACCAAAUUAGAACACGUCACUUUAACGAUAUCUUUUCAACAUCGGCGUCGUGGUGACGUUAGUAUCGAUUUGUUUUCUCCAAUGGGAACCCGCAAUGAAAUGUUAUCAACUCGUCGUUAUGACGACAGCGACAAAGGUCUUCACGAUUGGACUUUCAUGACGGUUCAUAAUUGGGGAGAAAACCCGAAGGGAGUUUGGACUUUAAAUGUUACCGAUAACAUACUAUCACUAACAAGUAAAGGAUUCAACUUAAACGGAUAUUUACAACAUGAUACAAGUAAACAAGAACCCGAUGUGGAAGAUCUAGAGGAAGAGGUGAUAGACGACGAGAAGAAGAUGAAAGAUUUAGAAGAACGCAAGAAGAAGAAAAAUAAACAAAAGGACACAACAGGAGGUAACUCUGCUUUAGAUGUACCGUAUCCAGAUGGUGUUCGGAAGAGAAGUAAAAUACACACAUAUCAAAUCAAAACAGAUGAUUUAGAUGAAGAUAAAAAUUUAUUAGACACAGAUGAACAAAUCAACGAGAUGCUUCAUGACAGCGAGAAAAAGACUGUUGUAACUGGCAGCAACGAUGGAGAGUUAUCUAUAGAGAGUACAGAGGGGUAUGGAAAUAAUAAUGGCGAUAUUAGCGCUGUAGAAGGAGAAAGAAUAUUUGACUCAGCAGAAAAUAUAUUCGGUAAAUCAGCUGUUUCUGAAGGACAAGAUAUAGACCAAAAUAAUCAAGUUUAUGGUUACGAUAGAAACUUUGAAGAGAUUAAGAAAAAUAGAGAUAAAAGCGCUACUAAGAGGACUGGGUUAUCCUACCAAGACCCCAGGGUACAGGUACAAGAGGAAACCGGGUCCCAACGUGUACAAGUUAGUAAUGGUUUCCAGGAACCAUUUUUACCAGCACUAAGUUCAAAUGGUAGAGUUAGCUCAGGACAAUUGUUGGAAUGGAGCUUAGUAUUUUACGGAACAGGUCCGGAGGAAGAAGAUAAUUAAUUUACUAGUAGGAUAUUAUCAAAUUAUCAAAUUCUAAUAUUUGCCGCACUUGGUAAAUAUAAAAGCAGUCCAUGGUUGUACGUUGUAGAGAAGAAAA